AUGGACAUGAACCGGAUGUUCUUGAGUUUUCCGAUGGGGAUGACGUGGCGGCUGGCGGGCUCGUCGGAAUCGAACCCGACGAAGCAGCCGGAGGGAAUCGGGGCGGCGGUGAUGUUCGGCGGGACGUCGGAGAGGAAAACAUGGCCGUUGACCGAGAAAUUUGAGUCUUUGAGGGCGAAAAUCGAGUUCGUGAAACCGUUGGGGAAAACAGAGGAGUUUGAACCGUUUUUUAUGAGGCUUGGCGCCAUUUUUUGGUGGCAAAGGAAAAAACUUGAAAGAAAAGGGAAAAAACAAAUGGAGACUAGCAAUUAUUAA